AGGAAAAAAAGUUGCAGAAAGGACUUCCUCUUAGUAUUUCUACAGCAGCUCAAAGACCAGUCAAGCAACUCAGUGUUAUUCGCACAGAUCAAGUCUCCCUCUCUGGAUAGCAACAUGGCCACAAAACUGCCAUCUCAAGAGGAAUGUGAGAGCUGGACUGCUUUUCAAGUUGCAGACCUCCUAAGACAGUUUGGAAUGCCUGAAUCUGCUGUGCUUGUAGAAAAACUGGGUAUGGAUGGAUCUCAUUUCUUGAGUUUAUCAGACUACGAGCUGAGCCGAUUCAAAAUAAUGCAUCAGCCGAAGCUUCAAAAGAUGGUGCAUGAUAUCAAGAAAAAUGAAAGUGGGAUAAUAAACAAGUUCAAAAAGUUCCAAAAUGAACAAGUGGCCUUAAUUUGCAAAACUGGGAAAGAUACUUGGGAUCGGCUAAAAAAAAAACCACCUCCAAGUCUACCACGAAGGGAUUAUGCUUCAGAACAUGCAGACAAUGAAGAGGAACAAUGGUCAGAUGACUUCGACAGUGAUUAUGAAAAUCCAGAUGGCCACUCUGACUCUGAGAUGUAUGUGGUCCCCAGUGAGGAGAAUCCUGAUGACAGCUAUGAACCACCUCCAAGUGAGCAGGAAAAAAAGAAGAUUCCCUCCUCAUUCCCUAUUUCUAGAGGUGAAUAUGCAGACAAUCGCACCAGUCACCAUCAGCUUCCUCCCAUCAACAAACCUCUUCCAAGCACACCCAGUUCAGCCUUGCCCAGACCAAAGAAGCCAUCCCUGCCAUCUCCUGCUGCAAAACCAAAAUUACCACUGAAGCCGAGGGAGUGCAGUGAUGAUGAGGAUAAUUACAUUGUGCCAGUUGACAAUGAUGACGACAACUACAUUGAACCCACAGAAAGCAGCACGCCGCCACCUGCAAAACCUCCUGUGAACAGAUUUAUGAAGCCACCCGCAAAAUCAGCCCUCCCUACUCCUCCAAAGCCCUCUCUUGCUUCUGACAUGCAAGAAGUGUACGAGGUUCCUGAAGAAGAGGAAGAACUUUCACCACCACCCGUAACCAGGUUCACUAAGCCACUUCCUGCUACACGUGCUCAGAAUGCAGAGCACUCGCACAUGCACAGCAUGACCAGAGAGUCACCUAAACUGGACGCUUCCAGAAAUAUUUUGCCUCUCCCCAGAAAUCGCCUUCAUCCAAAAACUGACCAUGAAGCAAACAAUAAUGAUGAAAAUCAUAGCUUCAGUAAUACACAAGAAUCUAAAUUUCCUCCUGGAGCAGCUCCAUCUCCAUUACCAAGGGCUCUAAAGAAAACUUCUAAUGCAGUAAAUCCAGCACUGCAUUGCCAUACAGCCAGAGGCUCUUCUCAGAAUGGCCAUGCCCUGCCUGCUGAUCCCCACAGGAUGCCAUCAGUUCUAAAUAAACCAUGCUUGCCUUCCAGAGACACCUUCACUGUAAAUGAAGACAAACCUACAGCAGCAGAUCGACGACGAGGUUCCAGCCAUGAGUUCCCACUUCCACCUCUUCCGAGUGGUACCCCAAAGUCUUCGCUCCAAAAGCCCUUAGUUCUGCCAAAGGUGCCAGAAGCCCCAAGCCGUGCUCUGGGUACUUCCCCUCACAGCAGCAUUUCAUCCAUUUCAAGUACUGCUGACCAGGAUGCUGGCGUUCAUAGUAAAGCAUGGUAUGCUGCAACCUGCGAUCGGAAAACAGCAGAAGAUGCACUGUAUCGAUCUAACAAGGAUGGAUCUUUUCUAAUAAGAAAGAGUUCUGGACAGGAUUCAAGGCAACCAUACACACUGGUUGUGUUUUAUAACAGAAGAGUAUACAACAUUCCUAUACGUUUUAUUGAAUCAACAAGACAGUAUGCAUUAGGAAGAGAAAAAUGUGGUGAAGAGCGUUUUGACAGUGUUGCUGAAAUAGUAGAGAAUCACCAGCAUACCUCCUUGGUUCUAAUUGACAGCCAAAACAACACGAAAGACUCAACAAAACUGAAAUAUAUUGUAAGAGUUUCUUAACUGAACUGAAAUGCUGAGAUGAAGACUGUUUUUAAUCAUUUGCUUCAACACCCCAAAACAUGUGGAUCAGGUGUUUAAAAGAAGAACAUCCACAAUGAUGGAAAAUACUCAUUAACACCUUCUGAGUAGUAAGAGAUGCACUUCAAGUUCAACUCUGUCUCUUUACCAGAAAAGCAUACUUAAUACAAGAAAUGAAGUGGAUAGACUGUCAUCUGUGACUUCCACCUGAGACAACAUGGGUAUUGAAAGUCAGGUGAACCACUGCAUACCACAGCCUUGUCCUCUGACUGCUGUUUAAAGACAUAUUUCCCAUAGGACAUUCUCACUUGAAAAGUGAGAAUACCCACAGUGGUCUACUUAUUCCAUUUGUUAAGUUUACCACACAUCACUGCUCUCGGUAAUUUCUUUGUGAAGUGCACAGCCCCAGAAAUAAGAGCAGCUGAACUUAAUGUACUGCUGUGUACAAGCUGGAAAUAGGACUGUACUUUACAUGAAUAAGGCUUCACAGCAAUAAAGCUGUCAAUGUUUUAGAUUAAUGGACAUGUUGUCCUUUUCAGCUUUACUCUCAUUAAUAUUUUUGUUUGUUUUUUCAAAUGUGCAAAUAAAGUUAAAUAUUGUAAAGUCAA